CCGUUAGAAGUGGUGGCAGAUGUGACCAAAAAUAAUGACUUGGAAAGGCUUAUCAAUCAAACGAUUGAGAAAUUUGGAAAAUUAGAUGUUUUGGUCAAUAAUGUAGGCAUCGGUGUGUUCACCACUAUUAGAGACACCAAUUUUAUCACCGCUUACGACAAGACUUUUAACGCCAACUUAAGGGCCGGACUUAAACUCAUACAACUGGCCGUCCCGUACUUGGAGGCCACUAACGGCACGAUUAUCAGUACAUCCAGUGUUGCAUCGCAAUUACCGGCUAUUAGUCCCUUACCAUACGGCGCAUCAAAGGCGGCGCUAGACUACGCGACCCGAGCACUGGCCGUAGAGUUGGGCCCAAGGAUUAGAGUCAACGCUAUUAAUCCUGGGUUUAUACUGACGGAAGCACUUAUAAAGAGUUUCCCCGACCAAGUGAUUGAGAGGGGAUCACAAACGGCUUUACUUAAACGUCUUGGACAGCCGUUAGAUGUGGCCAAAGGGGUGGCAUUCCUGGCCUCAAGUGAUGCCCAGUUUAUUACAGGUACUAACCUGGUUAUUGAUGGAGGAAUUACUAACAACAUGUAA